AUGGCUAGUCUCCUCGUGCUCAACACUGGCGCCAAGAUGCCCAUCAUAGGGCUGGGCACCUGGAAGUCCCCGCCAGGCAAGGUGGCAGAGGCUGUGAAGGUGGCCAUUGACACUGGGUACCGGCAUAUCGACUGCGCCCACGUGUACCAGAACGAGAGUGAGGUGGGAGAAGCCCUCCAGGAGAAGCUCAAGGCGGAGGUGGUGAAGCGGGAGGACCUCUUCAUCGUCAGCAAGCUCUGGUGCACCUACCACGACAAGAGCAUGGUGAGGGACGCCUGUAAGAAGACUCUCAGUGACCUGAAGCUGGACUAUCUGGACCUCUACCUGAUCCACUGGCCGACCGGCUUUAAGGCGGGGAAGGACUUCUUCCCGCUGGAUGAGACAGGCAACGUGAUUCCCAGUGACACCGAUUUUUUGGACACGUGGACGGCCAUGGAGAAGCUGGUGGACGAGGGGCUGGUGAAGGCAAUUGGUGUCUCCAACUUCAACCACCUCCAAAUCGAGAGGAUCUUAAACAAGCCUGGCUUAAAAUACAAGCCAGCUGUUAACCAGAUCGAGAGCCAUCCAUACUUCACCCAGGAGAAGCUAGUCCAGUACUGCCAGUCCAAGGGCAUCGUAGUGACCGCCUACAGCCCCCUGGGCUCCCCUGACCGGCCUUGGGCCAAGCCAGAGGACCCCUCCCUGCUGGAGGACCCCAGGAUCAAAGCAAUUGCAGCCAAGCAUGAUAAGACCGUAGCCCAGGUUCUGAUCCGGUUCCCCAUACAGAGGAACUUAGUUGUGAUCCCCAAGUCGGUGACCCCCGAGCGCAUCGUUGAGAACUUCCAGGUCUUUGACUUUGACCUGAGCAGCUUGGAUGUGAGCACCUUACUCAGCUACAACAGGAACUGGAGAGUCUGUUCCUUAGUAAGACCCUUCAGGGUGCACGGGAACUGGGAUGUGGCCCUGGCCUCGUAG